GUCUCCGCCCCCACGGGCCUGUCCUCGCGGGCGCCGGGCUCCGCGUUCGCGCCAGGUCGCGGCUGGGCCGGGAGCAUUGCUGCUCGGCCCGCCGGGGCCUUGAGGCGGGAGCGGCGCGCCGACCCGUUAGCUUGCCGACCGCGCCGAGCCCGCAGCCAUGUCCGGGGGGUUCUCCUUUGGGAGCAGCACGCUGGGCUCCUCCACCGUGGCCGCCAGCGGGAGCGGCACGGGCGGCGGUUUCUCUUUCGGGACCGCGGCGUCCAGCAACCCUUCAGUGGGGCUCAAUUUUGGGACUCUUGGGAGCACCUCAACCCCGGCGACAACAUCUGCUUCUUCUGGUGGCUUUGGGACCGGGCUCUUUGGAUCUAAACCUGCCACUGGGUUCACUCUAGGAGGAACAAACACAGGAAUAGCAGCGACUGUAACUACAGGAUUAACUCUGGGAGCGCCAGCCACGACAUCUGCAUCUACAACAGGCUUCAGCCUCGGCUUCAGCAAACCCGCGGCCUCUGCCACGCCAUUCGCACUGCCCAUCGCGUCUACCUCGGCCGGCGGUCUCACCCUCUCAUCUGCUCUGACAUCAACUCCUGCAGCAUCCACAGGAUUUACUCUGAAUAACUUGAGCGGAACAACAGCUACAACUACCAGUGCAUCAACAGGCCUCUCUUUGGGGGGAGCCUUGACUGGUUUGGGAGGUUCACUUUUCCAAAGUACAAACACAGCAACAUCAGGACUUGGACAGAAUGCUUUAGGCCUGACUCUGGGAACUACAGCAGCCACUUCAGCUGCAGGCAAUGAAGGCCUUGGAGGUAUAGAUUUUAGUAGCUCAUCGGAUAAAAAGAGUGAUAAAACAGGAACAAGACCAGAGGAUAGCAAAGCCCUGAAGGAUGAGACUCUGCCUUCUGUCAUCUGCCAGGACGUCGACAACCUCCAGAAAUUUGUGAAGGAACAAAAACAGGUCCAAGAGGAAAUUAGUAGAAUGUCUUCAAAAGCGAUGCUUAAAGUACAGGAAGAUAUUAAAGCUCUGAAGCAGCUUCUGUCAUUGGCUGCUAGUGGACUACAGAGGAACACUCUCAAUAUUGACAAGUUGAAAAUAGAAACUGCUCAGGAGUUAAAAAAUGCUGAAAUAGCUUUAAGAACCCAGAAAACACCACCUGGACUCCAACAUGAAAAUACAGCUCCUGCUGACUACUUCAGAAUCCUGGUGCAGCAGUUUGAGGUGCAGCUCCAGCAGUACAGACAGCAGAUUGAAGAGCUGGAAAACCAUCUUGCCACCCAAGCAAACAAUUCACAUAUCACCCCUCAAGAUUUGUCAAUGGCUAUGCAGAAAAUUUAUCAAACAUUUGUAGCUUUAGCUGCACAACUUCAAUCUAUUCAUGAAAACGUAAAGGUGCUCAAAGAACAGUACCUUGGCUACAGGAAAAUGUUCUUGGGGGAUGCUGUGGAUGUGUUUGAAGCCAGGCGCGCAGAAGCCAAGAAGUGGCAGAGUGCACCCAGAGUCACUACUGGACCCACCCCUUUCAGCAACAUGCCAAACGCAGCAGCCGUUGCCAUGGCUGCAACACUUACGCAGCAGCAACAGCCUGCUACAGGGCCACAGCCAUCUCUGGGAGUUAGUUUUGGAGCGCCAUUCGGCUCAGGUAUUGGCACUGGCUUGCAGUCAAGUGGCCUAGGUUCUUCAAACCUUGGAGGCUUUGGAACUAGCUCUGGUUUUGGAUGCAGCACCACAGGGGCCUCCACAUUUGGAUUUGGAACAACAAAUAAACCCUCAGGAAGUCUUAGUGCAGGCUUUGGCAGCUCGAGUACCUCUGGGUUUAACUUCAGCAAUCCUGGCAUCACGGCGUCCGCCGGGUUGACGUUUGGGGUGUCCAAUGCUGCCUCUGCAGGUUUUGGAACAGGAGGACAGCUCCUUCAGUUGAAGAAACCUCCAGCUGGAAACAAAAGAGGAAAAAGAUAGACACACGGGUGGCUGUGUGGAGAGAAUCUGUAGAAGCAUCAUUCAUCCUCUGAGUCUAUUUUUCUAAAGUUGAUGCAGUAACUAAAUUGCAUCCCAGGAGAUUUAUAAAGUUUUGAUAUUUUUCCUUACUUCUGGAAUUUGAACUCUGUUCUUGUUGGCCAUGCUAAACAACUUUUCUCUUGUGAAUUUGAAACCUAGUUGUGUAUUUUUCGUUAUUUUGAUUCUCAGUGUAAGAAAUAUUACAUCGCUGAUUGGUAAAACCUACUGCUAUUUACCCUAGUGUUUUAGCAGUGUUUUUGUUGAUAAGGUUUACAUUGUGUGAAUAUAUGCACAUUUGUUUCUUAUAUAGAUGGUGUGAAUUCUAGGGCCUAUGCUAGAAUCACUUUAUUCCUUGAUAAAAGGCCUUUUGAAGUACACUGCAGGGCAUCUUGUGAAUAUGUAUGUAAAAUAUAUACAGGAUAACACACACAGUUGUGUGUGCAUAUAAAAUAUAUAUUUACAGACCUACAACUUUUGCCUCAGACUGUUCCCCUUUUCUAAGGGUAUUCCAUUUUUCACCUUUUAUGCUUCAAAUCCUCAGUGCUUGUAGAACAAGGAGCUAAAGGUACCAGGUUAUUGUAGUUAUUUGCUUAAAGACUUAGUGAAAUGGUUACUGGUGUAAAUAUUGACCAACUCAACUUCAUUGCCCCUAGUCUUUCCCAUUUUUGUUUCCACCUUUGUUUUAGCAGCUACUCCAAAUGAGGGCUGCUGGAAGGCUCUUCAAACAGGUUUCAACAACUUUAUUAUCCGAUGUGUCCUCAUAUCCGAGAUGAACCUUCAAAAGCAUAUUUGAGCUCCAGACUGGUGUUCUGGGGGCAAACAGCUGUUACACCAAAUUGAUUCUAUGCAGGUGAAGGAUGCAUUGUUAUUUUAGUGGAAACUCUUCUGGCUAUUCCAAUACAAGGCUGUUGAUAUUGACACCAGAUGGAGUGGCUUCUCAGCCUCUUUUAUGUCUUAAGUAAGUACUUAAUUUGGAAUAGAGAAACAGUAUAUUUUAAGAAAAAAGUCUUCUUUGUAGCAGCAGUAAACUAUCCCUUUUUAACAGUGAACAGAGAGCUCCAGGUAAUAACGUACAGACUUGUCAGGUUGCGUCUGUGCGUCAUCUGUAUUAGUGUUAGUGACAGACAGUGGGUGAAAAAGAGAGCCCUUGGAAAGAGAACUGCCUUAGCCGUGAUCUCAGACAGAAACUGUUAGGUAGACCUAUUUAUCUCUCAAGUACCGUUUUCAGGUGGAUGUGAACACGGAACUUCAUUGAAAAUAGUUUAAUUUUUUAUAUAGAAGGUUUUGUACAUAAUGUGCAUCAAGUGAAUAUUUUCAGAAUCAUUUUCACCAAGGCACCUUUUUUUCUAAAUUAGGUAUUACAUAUAUAUAUAUAUACACACAUAUAUAUAUUUUAGUAUAAUGUUAGUUGGGUUUGAUUAUUAAAGUGUUGUCAAAUCUGUUUUAUUUAUCUGCAUAUAGCGAUGAUUGGCUUUUGGAGUUGAAAUUUUUGCGCCUUGAUGCAUUAAAAUAAGGAAAAUGCUUUGUUUCUGAGCACUAAAGUUUUUAUUUUUGCAUACUUCUCUAAUACUGCAGUCCCCAGAUCCAGGUUUUGGGGGAGGGUAGGAAAACAUGGGUUUGUGUUUUGAAUUACUGUCAGAAUUAAAUAUACAAUUGCAACAAACUUUUUUUAAAAAGGAUAUUGCAUUGUGCUGCAAAAAUCUGAAUAUUUCUAUUUCUUGGGUUUUUUCUUUCUAUAUUUUACAUUUUCGUAUGUUAACUGUUGGGAAUUUGUAGCAGAUGACUUUGUGACAGCAGUCUAAGUGUGUCGUCACCGUGUCCAUUUUCUCCACUCUGUCCAGAGCCUGUCAUUAUGUAAACAAUAAAAUCUACUGUGUCCGUUGCUUUGGA